AUGGACGGAAGCAACCAGUCUAGUGUGCCCGAAUUCUUCCUCUUGGGUCUCUCUGAAAGGCCAGAGCAGCAGCCUCUCCUAUUUGGCAUCUUCCUGGGCAUGUAUCUGGUCACUGUCGUGGGGAACCUGCUCAUCAUCCUGGCCAUCAGCUUUGACCCACACCUCCACACUCCCAUGUACUUCUUUCUGGCCAACCUCUCUUUUGCUGAUGCCUGCUUUUCUUCCACUACACUCCCCAAGAUGCUGGUCAAUAUCCAGACACAUAGUCAGGCCAUAUCUUAUGGGGGGUGUUUGGCCCAGAUGUACUUUUUCAUGACAUUUGGGGCCCUGGAUGACUUCCUCCUGGGGGUGAUGGCCUAUGACCGCUAUGUGGCCAUCUGCCGGCCCCUCCACUACUCCUCACUCAUGAGUCCGCUGGUGUGCGUGCUCCUUCUUGCUGUAUGUUGGGUUCUCACCAGCCUUGCUGCCCUCUUACACAUUCUGCUCACGGCGAGGCUUUCUUUCUGUGCUGACCACAUCAUCCAUCACUUCUUCUGUGAUGUGGUCCCUCUGCUGCAGCUCUCCUGCUCGGACACUGGUGCCAACCAACUAGCCCUGUUCCUCGUGGGUUCUACGAUACUCACGGGCCCCCUGUCACUGAUCAUCUUGUCCUAUGCCCGCAUCCUCUCCACCAUCCUCAGGGUGCCAUCUGCCUCUGGCAGGUGGAAGACCUUCUCCACCUGUGGGUCCCACCUCACUGUUGUCUCCCUGUUUUAUGGAGCAGCAAUCGGGGUUUACCUGUGCCCUCCUUCACCAGACUCUGGGGGUAAGGACAGAGUUGCAGCUGUAUUUUACACAGUGGUGACCCCCAUGCUGAACCCCUUCAUUUAUAGCCUCAGGAACAAUGACAUGAAGACCGCCCUGAGAAGGGUUUUCAUUUACAUGCUGACUUCUCAGGGCCUUUAG